AUGUCGUGGGCAGGCUUUAAGAAAAAUGUCAACCGGGCUACCACUCAGGUUAUGAUGAAGACUGGCCAUGUUGAGAAGACGAAUGAUCGAGAUUAUGAAGUUGAGGAAAGACGUUAUCGCACUAUGGAAGCCGCUUCAUUGAGAUUACAAAAGGAGUCGAAAGGCUACUUGGAUUCAUUGCGAGCAAUGACCGCUUCACAAAUGCGCAUUGCUGAGACCAUUGAUGCUUUCUAUGGUGAUGCCGGUGCGAAAGAUGGUGUUAGUCGUAGUUACAAGCAAGCUGUAGAGGAUCUCGAUGCCGAGACAAUCAAAGCUCUGGAUGGUCCAUAUCGUACUACCGUUUUGGAGCCCAUCUCUAGAUUCUGUGCCUACUUCCCUGAUAUUAAUGAAUGUAUCAAGAAGCGUAACCAUAAGCUUCUAGAUUAUGAUGCCAUGCGCGCAAAAGUCAAGAAGCUCGUUGAGAAGCCAGAUAAGGAUGUUACCAAACUUCCUCGCGCUGAAAAGGAGACCGAGAUGGCUAAGGCGGCUUACGAGCAACUUAAUGAUCAACUCUUCAACGAACUUCCCCAACUUAUCGACCUUCGUGUUCCUUACCUUGACCCCAGUUUCGAAGCUUUAGUUAAGAUCCAACUUCGCUUCUGUGCUGAAGCAUAUUCUAGAAUGGCACAAGUACAGCAAUAUUUGGAUGCUGAUACAAGAGAACAAUAUGCGCAAGGUCAUCUUGAUAGCAGGGUUGAACAAGUUUUGCAAGAAAUACGCGAAUUAAGCAUUAGUGGAACAGUUUGA